AGGAUACGAAGCAAGAAUGGAAAGCAGAACAUGCCAUUAUCCACAGCAACUGUGUCUAUGGUUCACAGUGUCCCAGAGCUGAAAGUUAGCUCUGAGCAAGCUGAGCAGCUAGGAAGAGAAGAUCAACAGCGACUACAUCGAAAUCGAAAACUUGUACUUAUGGUAGAUUUGGACCAGACGUUGAUCCAUACUACAGAACAGCACUGCCAACAAAUGUCUAAUAAGGGAAUAUUUCAUUUCCAGUUAGGUCGAGGUGAGCCUAUGUUGCACACUCGUUUGCGUCCUCAUUGUAAGGAAUUCCUGGAAAAAAUUGCCAAGCUGUAUGAAUUACAUGUUUUUACUUUUGGCAGCAGACUGUAUGCACAUACGAUUGCAGGAUUUUUGGACCCUGAAAAGAAGCUUUUUUCCCAUCGGAUAUUGUCAAGGGAUGAAUGUAUUGAUCCAUUUUCUAAAACUGGGAAUCUUAGAGAUCUCUUCCCAUGUGGGGACUCCAUGGUUUGCAUCAUUGAUGACAGAGAGGAUGUUUGGAAGUUUGCACCGAAUUUGAUAACUGUGAAGAAAUAUGUAUACUUUCAGGGGAUAGGAGACAUUAAUGCACCUCCUGGAUCAAGAGAAAUUCAAAUGAAGAAGAAAGUAAACCACUCUACCAAACCAGAGGCACUGGAUUCAGCAGUGACAUCAGCAAAAGAUGCUGAAGAAAUAAAGAAUACUACAUAUGUUGAAGAACAAAGCAAUGGUCUCAAGAAAGCUGCAAAGGACGCUUGCACUGCAAAUGGAAGUACUUCUGUAAGCAGUGAAACAUCUGACUGGAAUGUGACCUCUCAAGAGAAAGUUAAUGCCCAGGACUCCUUGAAUGAUCACAAAACGGACAGUGAGGUCACUAAUGAUUUGACAAAUAUAAAAGAAUCUCAGAUUUUUUCAGAACAAGUUGAUAAAACGGCAAUAGAGAAGCAGCAAACCCAAGAUAAGACAACAAAUGACUUGGACUUUGAACUGUCUAGUGACAGUGAAAGUGACAGUGGAUUAGAUCCCAGAAAGUCAUCUGCUUCUGUAUCAGAUAGUGAGAAUGAGGAGAAGAGAAGCUGGAAGAAAUCCAAAACACCUCUGCAGGAUGAAAAUUUGCAGAAAGGGAGUUGCACUGAUGUGAGUGAGAAAAAAGAUGGUCUGGUGAACCAUUCUGGGGACACACAGUCUCUACCUAGUGAGAAUGUUCAUGACAAAACUGACCUUGAAGCACAAGAAGAAAGUGAACAGGAGAGCCUUUGUGAUUUAGGAAACGGGUGUACAGACAAGAAAGAAGCUGAAACAGAGUCUCAGAACAGUGAACAGUCUGGAAUAACAAUGGGUGAGUCCUUAGACCAGAGUAUGGAGGAAGAAGAGGAGGAGGAUGAUACAGAUGACGAUGACCAUUUAAUAUACCUUGAAGAGAUCCUUGUGCGGGUUCACACUGAUUAUUACACAAAGUAUGAUAAAUACCUGAAAAAAGAGAUUGAGGAAAUUCCAGACAUCAGAAAAAUAGUACCAGAACUGAAAAGUAAAGUCUUGGCAGAUGUAACCAUAAUAUUUAGCGGACUCUACCCAACAAACUUCCCCAUUGAGAAAACACGGGAACACUAUCACGCCACAGCACUUGGAGCUAAAAUUGUGAAGAAUCUCGUACUGAGUGCUGAUGAUCCUGACAAAGCGACACAUCUCAUUGCAGCAAGGACAG